AGUUGCAAGUAUUGCUUACUCGCAUCAUGAGGCGUCACUCCAGAUCGGCAAGCGGUGAUAUACCCAAUGGUUCAAAGAAGAAUCACUGUGAUGAUGAUGAAAGCCUAAAGAAAAUAAAAAGCAAGAAGUCUGGAAUAAUUAAAAAAACUUUGAAGGACUAUUCGGAAAAUUCUAAUCUCCAUGGACUCAAGUAUAUUGGGGAAAAGGAACGGACACUUCUGGAAAAGCUGUUCUGGACGUUUAUGUUCAUUUCUUGUGUGGUGCUUUGCGCCUUACAAAUAUUUAAAGUUUAUACAAAAUGGAACGACACUCCUGUCAUCGUAACCUUUGCCGAGACCACCACUCCAGUCUGGCAGAUACCGUAUCCAGCAGUGACUAUGUGUUUAGAAACAAAGGCCAAGCAGACUACGUUCAAUUACACUAAAUACUUUCAUUUGUAUCGAGCCGCGAACCACGGCAACAUUACAGAAAACGAAAUUCAUUUAUUUGAAGACGUAUGUUUAGUUUGUGAUGCCCAUUUGUCCCCCGCGGAGGGAAGAAUAGUAUCAAAAAAUGGUACUGCAACAGUCGAAAAUAUUAAAUCGGUGUCACCUAACUUAACCGAAACAUUUUCUAUGUGUAAAUGGCAAGACAAUACUGGCAAAUGUUCAUCUAUGUUCUCGCCUAUUCUGACUGAAGAAGGCCUUUGUUACACGUUCAAUAUGUUACCAGCUGAAGAUCUUUUUAGAGUUGAAAACUUACAUAGAGAAUAUCCAUAUCUUGAGCUAAAUCCAAAAUCUAUAGAGAACUAUGAUCCAAAACACACCUGGAAUUUAGAAUCAGGUUAUAACCCUGAGGCACCUAUAAACACUUAUCCUUUCAGAGCAACAGGAUUUGGCGCGAAAUCCGGUAUUUCUUUUGUAAUGGAAUCAAAAAAAUUUGAUCUAGAUUACCUCUGUAAGGGACCUGUACAAGGUUUCAAGAUUCUUCUACACAAUCCUGCAGAGUUGCCGCGUCUAUCGCAGCAAUAUUUUCGUUCUCCUUUAGCACAAGAAAUAGUUGUUGCCAUAAAACCCAAUAUGAUGACUACUUCAGACGGGCUAAAACCAUAUAGUCCAGAAAGGCGUCAAUGUUAUUUCCCAUAUGAGCGAUACCUCAGAUAUUUCAAAAUCUACACUCAAUCCAACUGUGAAAUGGAAUGCUUGACCAACUUUACAAAUGCAAUGUGUGGUUGUGUACACGUCGGUAUGCUCCGUUCUGCGGAUAUUCCAGUAUGCAAUGUUGGAAAAAUGGCAUGUGUAACGAAUGCUCAAAUUGAACUAGUGGUGAGCAAUAUAAAAGAGGGGCUCCAUAUUGAAGAAGCCGAAGGAAACAAGACCAUCCAAGGGGCUCGACAGUUGGCUGCUCAAUGUCAUUGCCUUCCCGCGUGUACCUCUAUCGAGUAUAAUUCGGAAACCUCACAGGCGGAUUUUGACUGGAGAAAAGUCUCCAAAGCCGGAUUGGUCCCAUUUAGUGAAGAUGAUGAAGAUCUGUUACGCGCUCGUGUGAACGUAUUCUUCAAAGAGCCCCAGUUCAUGACAUCUCGGAGGUCUGAACUGUUCGGACCGACUGACUUCCUCGCUAAUUGCGGUGGUCUGCUAGGCCUGUUCAUGGGAUUCUCCAUACUAAGCGUCGUAGAAAUUCUUUACUUCUUUACGCUUCGAAUUCUUUGUGCAAUUUGGCGCCGACAUAAUGAAAAACUACGUGCAGACAUCGUCCUAAAUAAGCAAACGAAACUACAAGUUGAUUAGUGCACCAACCUAAGAAAUCUUUGGAUAACGAUAUUUUUUUGUUGAGAAAUCAUGAACGUUUGAUUAUGAUUAUGUAAACCUUUAAACACACUCAUGUAUCUACCUGUUAAAUUUAUGUAAAAAAAAUUAGAAUACCUACUAAACGCUUUAUUUUUCGUAGUUGAACGGAAAGCAUGGGCAUUUUUGUCUUUUAUAAAUUUUUCGCUUAAGUAGGUACCUAAUUAUGUAAAUUCUAACUCUAAUACAUAAUUAUAAAUAAUGAAAGGAAAGUAGGUAGAUUGAAAUUUUAGUUAAGAGAGGUCAGUAGAUAUUACAUACUUAAUUAUAAGAAAUAUUAAAAUAAUUACAUAAUA